AUGCUCAAAGCACAUCACUUCGCGUUCCUCGCCAUCUCAGCUACCAUCUGCCUGGGUCUGUAUACCUACAGGCCUGUACAAAACCCCUUCAACAUGUCGAAAACCAAACACUCCUCACAGGCUGACAUCCAGCCACAAGUCCGCCUGGAGAUCGCCUCUAUCAACACAGUAGACUCAAUUCCCAAGGUGCAGCUAGUCGCCCACGUUUCCAAUCCAUCAUCAGAGACACCCAUCACCAUUCUCCGUUGGAACAGCGUGCUUGAUCCACAAGCAGGUCGUCUGGGCACGAUUUCACUUCGCAACCGUAACGGAGGCAAGGCAUUGGAAGUGCCAUCAAUCAUGAUCAAUCGAAAGAUGCCGCCGCCGAAGGAGGAGUAUAUUCGUAUUGCGCCUGGAGGCAGCACGAGCAACACGAUCACGCUUGCCCUGGCAACGAGCAAGUUGGAGAGCGGUGGAGGGUAUGAGGCCUUGGCGGAGGGCCAGUUCAUGGAGGUUUAUCAUGCUGACGCGGAGGAGCCGCAGAGGGUGGUACCAUAUUCAUGUGAUCCGGUACACUUCAGCGGUUAG